UUUUGGGAAAUGACCUUGCCUCGUAACGACUUUUUAAUGAUGGUUUUACACUUCGUCCCGUUCGAAUGGGUUCUUUUAAGGAUGCAUGGGGAAAUGAAAUCUCUAGAGCAAAACACGAACACCCUGAUCCUGAUGAAUUGAUGGAUUUAAAUGAUAAUUUUCUUUGUCGUCAAGAUACAAUACGUUACAAUCUGCUCGAAUUUGCGAGUUUAGAGUCAAUCUAAUACGUAUCACUCGUUCAAACAACCGCUAAACUUCGGCUUGUACGUGCUUUCGACACCGAUUGCAUACUGUGCAGGCGAAUCAUCCCUAAGCGCCCGCAGCUAUGCAAUUUUCAUAGCAAUCGUAAGGCGAAAAGGGAGAAAUUCAACCCGAACUUCCGAUUGCAAAACUUAAACCACCGCAAAGUUCAUCCAACUUUAUAUGCUCGCACGUGCCCAGCCAAAGCAUUUCCCCCACCACAAACUGUGAAGCUCGUUUGACCUACAAUUCCCGUUCGAAAUGGCACCAUUUUUUUGCAUCACACUUGCUGAUCUAGAUAGACCGAUGCAGCUGAGUGAGUUUGAAAUUCACAAACCAAAAUCACACCACCCAACGCCUCGAGCGCCUUGCAUAUACGUCCCCACACACAAUACUCUACACCUCGAGCGUACACAUGAUUUAUUAUUCAUGCGCACCCAGUUUUCGUUCGUGCCGCACGAUACCCUGGCUCCGUCGGUCGGUGACACUUUCAGGCCAUAAUACGUGUCCAUAACCGCGAGCUGAAGGGCUACCCUCCGAUUUGCCCUUCUAGCGGAGAGCUAAGCAGCUGGAUCUGCGACCAGUGGAUCAGUGAAACGUCCGCAAACGGCUGAAGUGUUUUGUCGAAAACCACCGCCACACACACAGCAUUUGGAAAACACUGGCACUGGAAGAUGUUUUAUUUUUACCAUUUCGGGUAAGCAGCUUUCCAAAUCGAGCAGGGAUUAUGCUGCCAUUUUCCCCGCAGCAACAGCAGCCCAAUGUUUAUCUUCCUGCAUGAGCGAGCCCGGCUGCACAAUUGCAAAGUUUUAAGUGGCUUCUUGAGCUACCCGCCACUGACCUAGCCGUGCUUCAAGGCGACAAGGAAACGCGGACCGAACCUUACCGAGAGCCGCCGAGUGAUCUAUUUUACUUUUCCUUUGUGUGUUUGCGUUUGCCGCGCUCUCUCCGCCCCGCCGGAGUAAUGCACAGCGGGACCCUUUUCGCGUUUUUGGAAUGAAACCGUUCAUCCUACCCUAUUCAACGGCGCAAAAGAAUGGAGAAAGGUCAAAGGGCUAACGAGCAUUUGCUCGAUCGUAAUUUCUUGCUGCCGUGGGCAAAGCACAGACCGCAACUUUGGCCGCCUCGUCGCUUACAUUACAAGCGGCCCACAAGCCGACCCGCUUUACAGCCCACUGCGUUUAUCUCCGGCGUGUAGUGUACCCGGAGGCGCAGUGGGUUGAGAAAAUUAUAAUUCCAACCCCACCCCAACCCAACCCGUCCAUCCCGAGCACCGAAACGCCCAUCCAAAUCUAGGUUGAUAACUUCAUACACCCGCCCGAAGGUUCGCUUUUGUUUUGAAAUUUUAAUUUUGACAUUUCGCGUCCAUUUUUGUGAUAGUACCAAAGGCGGUGCCAAAAUGUGAGUGGGACGUCACAACUGGUGAAAUAUGGUGCACAGCGCCAGAUGAAACCAGCGCACACUGCGUGCUGCGUGGAAAGGCGGCCGUUAAAAGGCCUGUUUCGAUGACAGUGUUGCAUACAUUCAGGCGCUACGAAGCAUCGAGCUUGAAAACGCCUUAGAAGCAUUUCAAAACGCAGUUCACUUUGGCGACACACAAACACACACACACAUACACACUUCGGACACGAUACGGAGAAAGCGUGUCAACGUGUCUGAGACGCGUGCUAAAUCUCAAUGGAAGUUGGUGAAAUGAAAUUUUAAAAAUUCAUAACCUAAACCCUUCCAGCAAGCACACACACACCCAGCCGGAUCCGGUGGGAGCUCGUUGGACCGGGGGAAAGUCCAAUCCAUCCGUCUACCGGUCGGCCGUGUGCUCCAUCAAAGUGUCAUUUAGUGCUGGUCAUCUAGCAGGCGUUGCUUGUGGGCGACAUGUUUGUGUCCACUCACGGCCUCUCUUACCAUUCCGCCCCGCCUUCCCCCUCGUACUGUUGUUUGAAAGAGAAAUGUCAACCAAGGACGCAUCGGCACCGUCUUGGAGUAAUGAGACAGUCUUUGUCAGUGACAUUCGCACCAACACCGCCCAACACACGGAGCUGAUACCCGAGGCGGGUACACGCUGUAUCAUAUACGGUUCUGUCGUUCAGCUUCUUUUCACCUCUCCAAGGUGCCAUUUCUCACCCAGGCACGCGCUUCCCCACACAAACGUAUGGCUUCGUAUGGUUUGCUGUCAGGCAGCAGCAACAUUCAAAGAAUAACCACCGCUUUCAUCGUUUCAUGGCCAAAAAAAAAAACAAGUCAAAGCAAAACCCGUGCGGCGAAAUGCUGUACCCCGCUCGCUUCAAAGGUAAAUGAAAACCUGCCCACGGCGUACGCACUUGCAUACUUGCAGGCGCUGCCAAAUGUCAAAGGUCAUAUCGGGCAGGAGCGAAUUUUGAGUGAAAUCGUACAUAGAGCGCCACGUCCCUCCCCCGCACCUAAUGCUUCCCGCAGCGAGCAGAGGUGUUCAAUCAUGCUUUUCAUGAGUGUUUGUUUCAGCUCGCUCAGAAGAGGAAGAAAAAUUAAAAGAAAUGAAAAAGCCACUCUAUUUAUUUUGCCAUUCUGGUGAGGACCCGUGAUUCGGGCGUACCAUUUCCCAGGAAUCGAACGAUAUUUCCACCGAAUACAUGAUUAAUUAACCUGGCGGCCUCUGAUCGGCAAUGAAGUCAUCCAAACGAUUGCUAACCCAAUCCCAAUAAUGGCCAAAAAGACACAUGAAACCUAACCAUCACCACCACCGCCACGCAAACACACACACAGCCAUGCGAAGGCGUGGAGGCGAGCAAAUGGCAAAGGCAACAAUUCGCCUCGAAGCGAAAUAAGUUUCCUUUUUUUGCCACCACCAACGCACGAAAACCCGGUUCGGUCGGUGUAUAUUGCACCAACACGCUCACUCGUUACUCGCAAAGCCAACCCACCUACACACACACACACCUUGUAAUGCUGCCCGUAACUAAACAGCCCCAGUCGAGCUAGCGCGUUUUGCGAGCUUGAUGGCUUCAACGACCGGAGCCCAGCGUUCAUAUCCGUUCCGUCCGUCCGUCGACGCUGACAGGCAGUACUUUCGUGUGUAUGGUUGUCGCUCGCUGCAGCACUGCGUUGUAACGUGUACCUGCGAUGGGUUGUGCGAGGAAAGUGCUGUGCGUGUAGUGUGCUGUGGUACGAACAACGUCACGUCGCGGAUGUAAAUGCAUCCGUGGGUCUGGCCUUCCGGGAACGAACAAGUGCUGCUGCCGAUGAAGUUGCGCCUGACGGGGCAAGGUUUACGCCUAUUUGAGCACCCCCAAAAUGUCGAUAAACGGCUUGUGAACGGCGGUGUGUGCGGUGUGAGCGUUGCAGCUGCCGCCAACUCUUCCGUUGCGGACCGGUGGUGCCACCCAGCAGUGCGUUAGCAUUUACAGUUUGUUUGUGGAGCGUUCGUUUGCAGCGUCAAACUGUGGAGAUUUCGGCCGAAAAGUGAAAAUAAAGCGGCUUCCGACACGCGGAUGGUGGUGAUGCAUGGAUACAACGAACAAACAGCCCCCGUCAGCGGCUAGAGCACAGCAGCAGCAGCAGCAACAGCAUCACAAACUUCAUCCCGAGCAGCAGCAGCAGAAAAAACUGCGCACGCCGGACACGUCAUCCACCCUUCUUCCAUCGCAGCAACAACCGAUCACGGUACAAAGGGAACAACUGCUACUGCCAACGGCACAGCCGUUGCCACAGCAACAGCAGCAGCAACCAUCGAAACCGCUCCAGCUGCACCUGCAGCCGGAGCAGCAGGAACCACUAUCGGCGAUACAGGAAAAAUCAACCGAACACGUCCACAUCUGUCCCGCGCCAGCGCCGGCAGCACCGGGCAGGGUCGAAACGCCGGGCCCGAAAACCGGACCCAAAGACCGGGACCAACCGGCCGUCGGGCCGCAGGUGUCCUUUUCCUUCUACAAGACAAUCAAUACGGUGAUCAAGAGCAGCCGCAAGAUCAUAGUGCGCGUUUGCGAGGUGACCAAUGUGAAGACCAAGCUCAAGAUGUUCAACCUCUACUCGACGAUGAACAAGCGCAACGGCGCGGACGAUAAGGAGGCGAAGGAGGUCGAAACGACCGGUCACGAUCGGUUCUGUCAGGAGCGGCCCUCGAGGUCGAGCUACCGGCGGAAAAAGAGAAAAAUGCGCCGUGCCCAGUCGGCGGCCGAGUUCCAGGAGCCACGCACGGAACCCCCGCUUACCGCGGCCAGCAAACGCAUGCUGUUCAGGGGUCGCUCCAUCAGCUCCGAGCACGACAACAACUCGGAAACGGAACAUUCCGAACGAUCGCCACUGGUCAGUGCCAAGCUCGAUUCGCUCGCCAAGUUCCUGUUCAGCCGGAGCCUGCUGCAGGAAGGCACGAGCGCGGCCAAAGAGAACGAUUCGCCGACAAGACACAGCGUACGCUACCAGCAGUAUACGGCACUGGACAGUGGCAUCGGGGCGCCGGAUCGCAGCCCGCGCGAACGAGCGGCCCGGGAGCGAGCGUACGCCGCGUGCCAGGAAUGGCUGCAGAACACGGGCGGCCGGUACGAGUCCAUCGCACACCUAGAUGACAUCGGGUCGCGCUCCAAUAAGCACUGGUUCCUGCUGAACGACUGCACGAUACGUACCGAUCGGUUGAUGACGCUGCUACCAUUACCUCCCGACUGUAUUGCCUUAGAGGAGCUGCCCCCGUCUGAGUGUCCCCAGGGUGUGCUGAUGGAGCUGCUCGGCUCGCUGCAGCAUCCGUACAUCUAUCCAGUGCUGGAUCUUGGGUUUUUCCCCUCCGACUCGCACCAGUACACCAGCCUCGUGAUGCCAUUCAAUCCCCGCGGCAGUCUGAAGGAUCUGAUCUACAAGUCUCAAUGGAACGAACCGUGGAGUCGCAAGUACACGCGAAAGUCCACCUGUUUGCCCCUGUCGCAGGUGCAGCGGCUCGGGCGACAGAUACUGGAGGCGCUGCUGUUCCUUCGCGAGCGCGGCAUUCCAUCGCACGGCCAUCUGCACAGUGGCAAUGUCAUCCUGCAGAACGGAGUCGCUCGAUUAUCCGGGUUGGAGAACGGGCUGCUUGGAUUGAACUCGCGCGUUAAUGCCGUCAUCUGGGCCCGGUCCGCGCCGGACAUCGACAACAUCGACGUCAUCUGCUUCGGCCAUCUGCUGUUCGAGAUGUGCGCCGGGUACGAGCUGACCUCGCCGCAGCCAACGCCCGGCCACUAUCAGCUCGAUCUCGAGCGGUACCCGCAGGUGGUCGAUGUGCUGCAGAUGAUCUUCGAGUCGCCGGAUGGUCGCUACCCGACGGUGGAGGAGCUCGUGCUUUGUGAUAUUUUCCGCAAUAUCGAUUUAAGAGAAAUGCGAGGAACAUGUGUGCCUUCCUUCAAACACGGUUUGAGCAGCUCCACCCUGAGCUUACUGAAUGCGGUCCGGCGUCGCCAGGGUGCCAUCCUGAGCGGUUCGUACAGCGAGGGCAGCUCGCCCUGCACACCACCGUCGACGCCGCGCGAUCGGAAAACCGGUGAUGUAGAAUCCUCCGAUCUGUCUAGUAGUGAUUCUGAAGAUCUGUUAGAUGAAAUAGUUAUAGCGUCAGCCCGCAUCGACGAUCCAUGCCAUUACGAUCCACUGAGCUCGCCGAUACAUUACUGUGACAAUAAUGUCCACUCGGACGAUAACAGCAAUAGUAACAACCACAACAACAACACAAUCAUUCGUAUAGAUUCGAUCGAAGAAGCGCACGGGUCCGGCACGUCGCCGUCGUCGGGGGCGGCGGCUGCGUCGGUGGCGGGCGGUUCGGGCGGCCCGGCGGCCGGUGCGCCCGUCUGUCUCAACCCGUCCUCCGCGUACAAGAACUCCAAGUCGCGCCGCAUGGAGUACAGCCGGCGCGGCAUGAUGCUCGGGCUCAGCAACCCCUCGCAAGACUCCGCGUUCGGUUCCAUGACGGACGGCGAAUCGUCCAGGGCGUCCAGCUUUAAGCUGAGCAGCUUCGCCUCGAUGAACUCGCCGAUCGACGAGGGCGUGGAGGAUCUGCUGGCGGAGCAGAUAGGGCUGCCGGCGGCCGGUACCGCCACCGGGACGGACAACCUCGCGACCACGAUUGCCAACAUGAAGUACAUCGAUUCGACUGGGUCGUCCCCCUGCCACGACUAUCAUCAUCACCAGCAGCAGCAGCAGCAUCAGUCGCAGAUGCUGCCGCAAACGUCCGGCUACGGCACUGUCGUGUGUGCGGUGAGCAGCUCCCGAACGGAACCCUCGAUCGCAUCGCGUGACAUCUCGCCAAGCCCUGGGCCUCGCUUUCUGGAGCCUCCCAAGCUCAUGAUCAACAAUCACUCAUCCACGACGACGAACUCAUCGCUCUGCUACACCCUCUCCCCGUUGCGCAAGUGCGCCACGACCGAGGUGUUCUCGCAGAAGUAUCGCGUCUCCUCGUUCGAGGACAUGUCGUACAACUCAAUCGCGCGCAAGUCAAUCAAAAACACGAGCCGCAAGAUCUUCCGCUCGUUCGAGGAGGAGCGGCGCAUCGAUUCGGCCUUCAUGCCGAUCGACACGACGCGGCCGCCGGCCCCACCGUCGGGCGGCAAACUUCAGCAGCAACUCUCUCUGCCGCCGAUGCUGACCCCGUCGCCCAAGCACGUGCCGUCGCCGGUGUCGCCCUCGCGCAAGUACCACACCGCGCAGUCCUACCAGAACCUGCACACGAUCGUACCGACGGCCCGGGAGCGCGGUUUGCAGUGGCGCAGCAACUUGAUCAAAUCGAACGAGUGUCUGUUCGAGACGUCGUUCAACAGUGUCUCGCCCGCCGCACAGCACCACCAUCACCAGCAACACCAUCAGUUCCGCUCAGUGUCCAGCUUUUCCGGCAGCCAUCAUCUCCGGUCGCACGGUUCGCAGGAUCUCCCCACAACCGCGAGCGGCAGUGAGAUGAGUUGCGACCGGUUCAUCCUUACCCCGGAACCGCUCCCACCCGGCAGCCCGUCCCGUACACCCUCCGUCACGUCCACCGCAAUCUCGUCCCCGUCCGCAUCGCUCGCGUCCACGAGCCGGAUGCGCCCGAACCGAACCGACCGGCAGCAGCUCUUCUCGCUCGCCCGGUUCAAGCACAGCACAAUCCUGGACAGUGUGUCCAUCGAGGACUUCUCCUCGGAAAUGUCACUGCGCGGGGCGGCCUCGACCGUCUCGCGGCGCUCCAACAGCCCGGCCAGCCCCUCCAGCCGCAGUGCGGCCAGCGGUGCGUCCACCUCGUCCACCGGCGACGGGGCGACCACGCUCGAGUACGAGGCGAAACCGCUCACCUCCGACCUUACCUGCACGUCGGACGCGUCCGACACGACCAGCGAGGAUGCGACCAGCGUCAGCACGACGGACACCUCCCUGCUCAAGUCACCGGUGCCGCAGCGGACGACACCGGCGGCGCCCCCGCUGUCCGGCGAGCAGCACUACAUCGUGCGCCACAAGCAUGCCGCGCGCGACGUACGCCAGUACCUGGACGAUGGGGCGGGCGGGCCGGCCGGCGACGAGUACGGGGCCAGUGGCAGCGAGGAGAAGACGCCCCUGCUGGACGGUAUGGAGCUGUCGCCGAUCUCGCCGACCGAAUCGGAGCAAAUGUUGUGAUAAUAUCUGGGCUCGGUCGGGUGCGCCAGCCGCUUCUCCGAUGACUUUGGCGACUCUGUUCAGGCCGAGAUACUGCUGUAAUUCCACUGCGCUGGAUGGACGGAGGAGAGAUACGGAGCGAGAGGGAGACAGAAUGAACUAGAAGAAGAAGAGGAAGAAGAAGAAAAACAGGUCACUUUUAAUCAGUCAGCAUUUAGGCGUGCUAGAGAUGAUGAAGAUGAUGAUGUUACAUUUUACUAACCAUUUUUCCAAAAAAAAGUAAAAACUCAAUCCCCUACCCCACGAGUAUGAAAACUAUUCCAAAUUGCAUGGUAGCUACUUGAGUACUACUCAGACUAAUUAUAUGAUGAGAGGAUGUGCGGUGCAGCCACUCACGUCUAAACCGGGUCGGUUCGAUUUUAAACACGAUCCUUAGGUACUAGGUCUCCCAAAAACAGGGAAGCGGGAGAAUUGGGAACAUCUGCCCGCGCGUUAUACGAUAGAAUAUAUGUACAGACAUAUUCCUGACUAGAGCCUGCCACCUGUCUUUUCUAGUGUAGCGUGUUCAGCUUCUAAACCCCGGUCAAGUAUGGCCGGAUUUUACAUUCAACUUUACACAAUCAAACAGGGAACUAGAGAACUACCGACCGUUUUUUCCCCUUCAAAUCUGCACACUAAACCCAGUGUGAGCAUUAGUCCAGUCCAAGUCAAGACAGUCAGUAGGUAGGCUGUAUUACAACACGUUAUUCCCUUUCUGCAUCUCUCUCUCCAAGUAGGCUAGUGGUAACAGAGUUCCAUCUUGCUCACUUUUCUCUCUCUCGCUCUCUCUCUCUCUCUCUCUCGAAAGUAAAACUCCCUUGAAUUCAUGGGCCACCAAAACAUUCCUGUCUAUCGGUGCCAAGUGCCAAUUGUCCUGAACGAUACGCCACGUGAGAAACUGCAUCCCCCCAAUCCAGGAGACAAAAAAACAGGCGCGAAAUGUAAACCAAAGGAAUGGAACUGCAAGAACAAACUGUCAAUCAAGAUGUAAUCAGUAUUGAAAUGAUAAAAUAUAAUGAUAUAAACAAGGCUAAGGAUGACGCUACGCGUAGUCAAGCUCCGUGCAGUAUAUAUAUUUUGGAAUGCGACUUAACGUUAAAGCUAACCCAUCCGACGUUACAUUAGGGCCACAGUAAGUGUCAGGUGCACCGUAAUGGCAUGCAAAGCCAAAGCAGGCGAUGAGAUGCUAAGCGAUAAUCGGUUUAUAUUUCUAGCUAUAGAGCUCGGGCAACAAUAUUAACUCCUAAAUCCACAGCUGAGGGAUAUCGAAAGCGGGCAGCGGGAUGUGAUGAUGGGUGGGUUUGGAUAUAAAAGCUAUAUAAAACAAACGAAUAGGUAGUAGGCUAUAUUAUACACAUCCAUACAAUUAUUUUAGACAACAUCAUCGAUCGACGGGUUAAAACAAUUUGCUUGAACGGUGUGAACGGAGUCCGAGACCGGGGUGUUAUGAUAAGGAGAGCGGCGAAGAAGGAAAAACGUGUAAAACUGCAUCGCAAUGUCACGAUCUAGCCAUGUAAGGACACUAGCAAAAUCUUGAAAAUAUCAAUCAAACCCCGUUCACUUGUUUUUGUACCCUUGUGUGUAUGUGCUCGAGCGACAAUUCCUUUAGUAGUAACGAGAACCCCGUUAGUAGUAAUGAAGCCCCUUUAACGACAGUUUUAGCUCGUAACUCGUAAAGAAGAAUAAAAAAGAAAACUAUUCACAUUGAGGCCAAACAACAACUAAAACAAAAAUAAACAAACAAAAACACAUCCACAAGAGAAAACGUGUUCGAAGCGUGUUACUAAGAAGAAAUUCAUAUACUGAAACAUAUUUUCCUAUGGUAACUGUUUGUGUUUUGACCUGUACACCACGAUUAUUAAUCAUUUAUAGCAUUUAAAUCUUUCUUCACUGUACCUCUCCACGACUUAUCUUACUUUUAGUCUUACCAUUUUCCUCUAUGUUGCUACUUAUAAGAUCUAACAAUAAAGAAGCUUGUGAAAACUAGAACUAUAGAAAAGGCAAAGCAAAGGAGAGACAUAGAGAGAACAAGUGCAUCUGUAUAAAGCUCCAUCCAAAAAAUACAAUUCAUUACACUAACUCGCUGCAAAGCAAACGAGAGCAUAACAACAGAUUCGAUGGUAACCGUUGAUAGAACAAUUUCACAAGAACCGUCCCUUAUAAUCACAAUACAUCCUUUUUAGGGAAUAAUAAAUAUGCUAAUAAAAAGGGCAAAUUUGUUUCCUUGCCAUCUUGUUCGAACCAAAUCACCAAACCACCCUUCUUCUUUUCUCCCCCUUUUCUUUCCCCCGUUUUCAAGCCCAAGAAGACGUUCAAUGAUAAAAAAAAGCGAGACAACAACUCAUGUGUGUAUCUGUAGGUAAAUACGGUAUAAAAUAACACAGGAAAUUAAUUAACUGCUCAAUUGACACCGUACUAACACAUAAGUUGGUAUGAAUAAAUAGGAACAAAAACUGAUAAAAAUAGUGAAAGCCCAACGCACUAAAUGGUUUUAGUUUCACGGGUCCAAUGCUAAACAUCGAUCAAAAUGAAAAAUCCCGAACAUAAGAAAAUGGAAUAAGUGUAAGCAAAUAGAGAGAAACAAAAGAGAGAAACAAAUCUUAUUUUUUAUCCAAUAAGAGCAAACUCGAUCGUUCCAUUUGAUGCUUACUGACAAAAAACACAGCCCACACAUGAUUCAGCUUAUUACAAUAGGAAAACAUUCAAUCAACAAUGCUAAAACCAUACAUAUUGGACAAAUACAAAUAGAAGAAGAAGAAAAAAAUUAAACAAAUGGUACAGAAUACAAUCAAUGAGAAUCAGAUCGUGCGUAAGAUGGGAAAGAUAGAGAGAGGGAGAAAGAAGAGAGGAACGAAAGAGCAAAUCUAUAAUAGUUCAGUAUAUAAAACAUUCGAGCUUGAUCAUUCUAGUAAAACAGAAAGAUGAUGAAAUAUAACGUACAUAACACGACACGAUCCCGAUGGUGCAAACAGUGGAGCAAACCAAACCCAAACUUUACCAACAAAUCUUGUAGCAUGAACCAACACAACAUAGAAUGUAACCUUACCCUAACAACUUGCCAACCGAACAACAAAAGGAAAAACAAAUAAUAUCUAAAACACAGGAGAUAUGUCACACAUCUCGCAAAACCCAAUAACUCGGGAGGAUUCGUUCCCUUGCUCCUGGUGUCUGGGUCUGGGUGGUCGGAGGGAAAACCCGCUGUACUACCAGAACCAGAACCAUCGAGUGUCAACCGAAGUACGUAAAUAAAGGUAGGGACAUAGGCACGUACGCUUUCCAUCAGCGAGUCCAUUAUAACAUUCUACCAUUCUUUACCGUUAAUGCUAAAAAUCUUAUGAACAGAGCCCCCCCCCUCCCUCCCAAUGUCGCGACGAAAUCAAAAAGCUUUAACCACGCGUCAUCAUUUGUGUUCCCUUCCCCCCGUCCCUCUUUCGGUAGUAGUGCUUAGACAUGGAACUGAUUGUUUCGUUCGUGCGUUUGUUGAGAGAACAAAUCGUAUUAUCGUGAAGCUAUCAAAUGCUGUCAUACUUUUUGCACACAUUCGCAGCAAAACAACAUAAAGAAACUUUCAGUUUAGGAAAGAAAGAGGAGGAUGAUAAAAAAGCUCCUCUCCUUGCCCGCCCCAACAAAAACUGCUUUCCUGUCUUGUGCUCGAAUUCCACUUUUCUUCGCCAAUUGCGAGGUCAUAUCAAAGUCCAAAUUCAAAACGAAUUCUAGCAAUAAAAUGGAACGAACUUUCAAAUUCUGUUGUUUUGUUACUGGUUUUCUGUGACAUCCGAAUUUAAGGCGAUCAGUACACGUGUACUUACACAGGUUACGAUGAAUUUCGAAUCCAACAGGUUUCUUCUUCGCUUAUCGCACGUUUUUUCCCUAUUUCCCACAACACGCAGCAGUAUUCAAUUUUCAAAUUUGAAUUUUCAUCUUCUUCGACCACUUCUACGAACGAACCCCCUUUCGUGAUCACGAUUUUCAACAUCAUUUUCAUGUUUUAUUCAAUUUCUUUCUGAAAAAAUAUGGAUAACAUAAAACUUUAUUAUUUUUGAUUAACUUUAUUCAUAUGUAUAUAGUAAUUCCUUUCGAUAAGAAAAAAGACUAUAGAAAACAAAAUAACAUCAUGUUUCGAAUAAACACUUACUCCGAAUUUCACUGCCUGUUUUCUUCCUCUUGGUUUUUUCGUGCGUUAAUUUUUUGUUUGUUCUUUUUUUUCUUUUUUUUCUCAUACCUUUUUGUUUUCUUUUCUUCAUCUACCAGCUAUAGCUCGGUUUCGCAUAUGAUACCUUCUUACACUACAAUAAUGCUUUCUUGUAUACAGUGUACUAAAUAUAUUAAUGGGAGGAGGGGUGGAUGGG